UGAAGAGAUAGGUGGGGAGCUUUAUGCGCAGACGUAUUGUCAUACAGAAAAUAACUGGAGCUGCAUUAUCUUUAAAAAGCUGAAAUAUCCUCAGUAUGCAAUUUCCUGUUCUUCUGUUCAUCUCAUCUGUUUCAGCAGUAGUUGGCAUGAUGAGUGUACAAGUUACCAAACCUGUGGUUUCCUACUGCCACCAGGCUAUCACUCUACACUGCAAUGUUUCACUGCCUGAUGGAAAGGACCGUGAAUUCCAGGUUACUCAUCUGAGCUGGAUUAAAGAAUCAAAUAAAACAAUAUGCUCAGAAAGCAAGACAGCAAUGAAUGGUUCCAUCCUUUGCCAAUACAUGCCAAAAAAACAGUUGGUAUUGACUAUUACCCAACCAAAAUCAGAUGACAUUGGACGCUAUAUCUGCAAACUCCGAUCUUCCCAUGGACAUACAAGUGCUAAUACCAGUGUGACUUUGGAGUGUCCUAAGAAAAUUGUCCAGGUAAAAGAAGACGGAAAAAACAGGGUGACUUGCAAGGUUGAGAAGUCAGACCAUGAUGGGCGUAUCCACUGGUUUCAUGGAACGGUCAAUCUAACGAGCCAAUCAUCCCAGGUCAUUUAUCCUGUUAAUGGAUUAUAUACAGUGGUUAGUUCUCUCAAUAACAGUGUAAACUGGAAAACAUAUAACUGUUCUUACUGGAUUCCUCAACUUGAGAAAUAUAUAACCAGCAAGAACAUUGUUAUGGAAUAUAGCACAACGUCUAAGACAAAGUCUUUUAGCAGUGACAGUUGCACUGGUCUAGUCUUCUGUUUGAGUCUUCUUUGGACUCUCAUUUAGCAAUAAUGGGAACAAUUGUAGCAAUAACUCUAAAAGGCUACUUUUGAACUUUAAUUUAAACAAACAAGUGCAUUAAUACCCCACUCAAACUUACACAUGAAAGAUACCUAUUCCAUGCCGAAGACUUGGUCUGUUUAGGAAUUAGGAUAUACUUAUUUCUACACACCAAAAGAAUCAUCAGUUAAAUUAAAAUGUCUGGAAAACCAACAUUUGUGCUUGUGUCAUGGGUGUGUGUGUGUGUGUGAGCCUGUAUACUCCUUGUACAAACAAAAAAGAAAAAAUAUGCAUAUAAAAAACCUUUUUAUUAACAGUAGAAUAAUCAUGGCUCAUAGUAAGAAAAGCAAACUGAAUGCAAGAACAGCUGUACCAGAUGUAAGCUCCUAACCCCAUCAUCAAAUGUUUUAAAAUGUAUAUAUAAAUUUAGGAUAGUUAAUAGAUAGGUAAAUAGAUUGUGAGUUGGUCUUAGUGACAUAGAAGUCCUAUUCUUAACGUUUCACAGUCUAGCUAGUCCUAAAUUUAGGCCUGACACUCCCACUAAUAAAUCAGCAAGUUAGGAGCUUUUAGCCUUAAGAUGUUUUGUGAAUAAGGGCCCUGUUGUUUUUCUCCUUUCAUGUUUUGUAUCACUUUAAUUGUUUCUGUGUGACUGGUGAAAUAAAAUCUGUUUCACAGCAGUCACUUAUUGCUGGAAUUUUAUUACAAAAUUAAAGUAAUUGUAAUUGUG